AUGGAUUUCGACACUGCCAAAACCCACAUAUCCAAUGUGGUGACAUCUAUCAAGGAUUGUGCAGAUGUUGGAAUGUACACCUUCAGUAAAAUGAAUCCUCAAUUAGCUGCGUUUGUUGGACUUGGACUCUUCGUGAAGAAUCUAAUUGUUUCCACCGCAGAAGAUGCGAAUUCUGCAGUCUUGAAGGAUUUGAAGGAAGUGAAGAACCAGAUUAGGAAGUUAAACGAUGCAAUGGGAAGUCAUUUCAACGACAUGAAAGCGUUCAUCGUUGCUCAUCACUUUUAUACAACGAUUGCCGUGAAAGCAUCAGUUCUAACCAAAGCAAUGGGUGACUGCUCUGAAGCAAAAGAUCAGAAGAAACAUGAAGCAAGUCUCAAGUUUUUCAAAGAGAUGUAUGACAAACAUUCGCCGCUGGAACUGGCAAAGACCCUGAGGGAGAUGAUGGACAACGAGGUGACGAAUCCCGUCAAAAUGGCCAUGACUGGCGAUAAAUUCAAAACCAAGCGCACGUUUGAGUCGUGGACUAAAAUUUGUUCGGCCGUAUUUACGCAGUUGUUUGUUGUCGAAGCGUUCGCAAGUGGACAGUACCAUGAUCAAGAAUCCUACCGACAAGAUAAGAUAUCCGAGGAACAUGCUGAAUUUGAAUCGUUGGCCAAAGAAUGGAAAGAACAUUAUAAAACUAACGAAACUCGAUUCUGGGAGCACGAAGUCAGACCAUUUGUCGAAGACAUUCAAGAGAACAAUACUUCGAAAAGCAACGUUGAAAAAGCUGACUUGAUUAGAGCUCAGCUGGAUAAGAUACUGACAAACGACAUAUUCUAUGUGGUCGUCAUGAGCGCGUCUUUCGACCAUAGUACCGUGCUUCGCGAAGGUUUGGAGCAUCAACACAUCCAUUCUGCCAACCGUGGAGGAUGCACAGUUAUUGUUUAUCAAAGCAAGAAGGCCCGAUCUUCUGGUGCGCAAGUAAGAGAACUGAGAAAAAAAGCAGGGCACUUUAAAACUGUCAAACAUCGCAAACUGGAGAGCAGCUGGAUUUCCUGGACUGAAGCGCAUGGAUGGUUGACGGGAAUUGAGCAUUGUGGGUAUAUUGAAUUGGUCCGGUCGGAUCAUGAUGUCGCUGUACGGUGCACGUCAGCUGCUUGGUCCCAACACGGUCCAGGAAUUUCAUUCCAAGCCACUUUCAAUAGGACUGAUCGACUUAGUUCGGAGCAUUUCCAUUUGGUGUUCGGCUUUGAAUAA